AUGUCUCCCGCGCAGCGAUCGCACGGCGAGGCUACGUGGCUCGCCGAAAACUGUCCCAGCUGUCUUUUUGCCUUUUUCCUACUCUUUUCCUCCUUCAAAAGUAACCGAACCGAUACGAUCCAACCUAUGUUUUUACCCCCAAACAAAAAGGUCGCCGAGGGUCUUGCGAAAAAUACUUUCAACUCCCUCAGAGGUAUCAAGGACUGGCGCACUGAUGACGUCAACGGCGACCGCAAUGACCUCCCUGCGCUCUCGAAAGGAAAGCUUCAAGAUUUCUUUUAUAUCCGCAACCUCUACGGCAACAUCGAAGACGUCUUCAACCGCCCAGUUUAUUCGUCACCUGAGGAUUGGAUCGACGUAGCAAUUCGCGAGCCGACCUCCGACCGCGGCUACUUCAGCAAGCUCGUCACGACCAGACAAUCGAGACGUUGCCUCAACCUAGGGUCAUACAACUAUCUCGGAUUCGGUGGGUUGAACACACACUGCACCCCGCUUGUGCGUAAGGCUGUGAUGGAUCACCCGAUCACCAACGGCUCGCCUUCCGCAGAACUCGGUUACAGUUUACCUAUACGCGAGGUCGAGGAGACGACGUCGAAGUUCGUAGGGAAGGAGGCUGCAGUUGUUGUCGGGAUGGGCUUCGCAACCAACUCGACAGUGAUCCCUGCGCUAUGUGGUAAAGGCGACUUAAUCAUUUCAGAUGCCCUGAACCAUAAUUCUAUCGUAGAGGGCGUCAGACUCUCCGGUGCGAAAGUUAAGCCUUUUAAACAUAACUGCCCCGGUGACUUGGAGUUGAUUCUACAAGAUGCAGUCGCGGGGAAGGGUCCAAGAUACAACAAAAUUCUCGUCAUUGUAGAGGGCAUUUACUCAAUGGAAGGUGAGCUGUGCUGCCUGCCCGACAUCGUGCGCGUGUGCAAGAUGUAUGGCGCGUAUAUUUGGCUUGAUGAAGCGCACUCCAUCGGUGCAGUUGGAGCUACUGGGAGGGGCGUCUGCGAAGAACUUGGUGUGGAUCCAGCAGACGUUGACAUCAUGAUGGGGACGUUUACAAAGAGCUUUGGUGCGGCAGGUGGAUACAUCGCCUCCGACCACGAGACGAUCGCGCGCGUGCGUCAGUACGCUGCGGGCUGCACAGAUGCGGUGUCCAUGCCUCCUGCUGUAUGCGCACAGAUAUUGGCAUCUUUGCGGGUCAUCACCGGCGAAGACGGAACUGAUAUAGGCGCGAGAAAGUUGAGGGCUCUGAGAGAAAAUGCUAAUUUUUUUCGUGAUGGCUUAGAAGAACUCGGCCUGGAAGUCUUAGGCGAGCACCCCUCGCCGGUCAUGCCCGUGAUGCUUUACCAACCAUACAAAAUUGGUGACUUCUCUAGGCUUGCAUUUAACCGAAGACUGGCGACUGUAGUCGUAGGAGCACCUGCCACACCGGUUAAAUAUCCGCGAGUUCGUUUUUGCGUCUCUGCCGCGCAUUCGCGAGAAGAUCUCGCAGACGCGCUCGCGGCCAUUAGUGAUAUAUCGGAUGAGCUGUCAAUCAAGUUUAAAUUGACACCGCCAAACAAGUGGUUUCCUGGGUCGUUGGAAGUGAUCGAACGUAAAGAACAUGGCGGGAGGGUCCGGCGUGCAGCAGCUGCAGCGGCAGCGCGUCCUGCAGCUCUUGCUGCUGCACGUUCCCUUGCUACUGGACGAAACACAGCGCGAUUUGCCCCAUUACAUUCAAGAGGCACACCGCUAUCUGAUGAUUACGGAGACGGCGGACCGCCAGCGUCAAGCGGCCCAAUUGAUACGUACUCCAUUACAGGGAUCACGACGCAGCCCAAGGAGUAUAACGUGAUGUUAUCCUCCCAAGAUAUCCUCGCUUUAACGACGGAUCCAAUCAUGAAGGAAGCGUGUGCAGCGACGAUUGAAACUUUGGGUCUAGGCAGCUGCUCCCCGAGAGGGUUUUACGGCACGUUCCCACCACACAUGGACGUGGAACAGACAAUAGCAGAUUUCUUAGGGUGCCAAGAGGCGGUUUUGUACUCGUUUGGUGCGUGCACAGUGUCCAGUGUCAUUCCAUCACUUGGGCAUCGUUCAGACGUUGCUGUUGUUGAUCGAGGUGUCGGACACGGUAUUUUGGGCGGAUUACGACUCGCAAAGAUGGACGUCAGAUGGUACAAUCACUGUGAUGCGGAUGACUGUGCGCGAGUAUUCGCUAACCUCGAGGCCGAGGACGGUGUAACUUCCGCACGGCUUGCCCGCCCGGGCAGACGUAGGUGGCUCAUAACCGAAGCGUGUUUUCAAGGAACUGGCCGCGUUGCGCCGCUUCCGGAGCUCGUUGCGCUGAAAGAAACACACCACGCGCGCCUGAUACUCGAUGAAUCAUGCUCUUUUGGCGCGAUGGGGGCAACCGGGCGCGGUCUUUCUGAACACUUUGACGUUGAUGCAGGCAAGGUUGAUGUCAUCACCGCGAGCCUGGAAGGUGCAGGUGCGAGUGUUGGCGGGUUUUGUGCCGGGGACACUGGUGUAGUCGCAUACCAACGACUCAUGGGAAGUGGGUACGUGUUCAGUGCAUCGCUUCCUCCGUAUCUGGCGACAGCGGCUGCUCAUGCGAUCCGGCGGGUUUCAGCGGAACCUCGCCUCGUCGCGCAAGCACAAGCUUCUGCAUCCGCUUUGCGAGAAGCGGCACUGAGCGGGCGAAUCCCAGGUUUCACAACUGAUGCGGAUGCGGGUUCACCCGUGGUCCCGCUGCGCCUCGCUGCGGGAAGCAGCGCCGGGAAUGAAAUAAAUCUCCUGGCACAAAUUGCGAGCAGGGCACGAUCGAGAGGUAUUGGCGUCUGCGUUGCUCGCGUCAACCCGCUUGUCCCAGCGCAGCACGCCCCUCCUGUGUCGCUAAGGGUGUAUGCAUCUGCAGCACACACGAAAACUUCCUUAUCCAAGGCAUUCGUAGUUCUGGCGGAGGAGGCUGCACAAGUACUUCCUACGCAUGCUCUUUCAAUCGGCGUCGAAGCCGCUCGACUGGACGCACGGGUAUCCAUGACAGCGUAUGUCGAAGCCCCGGCCUCAAUUCGCAGCGCAAGGAACUCGAUUGACCCUGGGUCCACCGUGCUUGCGCCAGCACUCGAGCCGGCCAAGUCAGUGAAUGCCGCGUCGCCACCCAGAUCUCGUGCUAAAUGUCCAGGUGCUACACUUCAAAUGGACGGCAUCAUCCGUCUCGUUGUCUUGGAUGAUCAGAAGGUGAAGCUUGUUGUCGCACACAGCACCCCACUGGCGGAUGAUCAAGAUUCAUCAUCUGAGUCCUUGCUAUCACCGCGAAUCCCUACAAAGAAACUAAAUAACAGGUCCGCAUCUUGGUCGGAUUUGCCCGCGGAAUCAUCACUGCAAUACUGGAAUGUGCCCACAGAUGAAAGCGACCACGAUAUUCUGGAACCAUUUCGCACGCAUGUUGCCUCAGCUGCUGUGUCAUCGCAGUCGGGAAUCGUGCUUAAGCGCACAACGAGUGGCACCCCGCUCGCGCAGUUUGAUCCCUCCGAUCAAGACUCCCCGCGCUCCCUUAGCGUACCCGCGCUCGUCGUUCUACUACACUGGCACAACAUCUUCCGACGUUACAUUUUGAACCAGAUUGAUAUCACUGCCGCUAUGGUCCCAACGAUGCUGCGCAAGGUGGGCUUGAACCCAGAUGACAGCGGGUGGGUUCGUUACUUUUACUUUGUUGCUGGUUACCUCGGGUCACGGGGCUUUCAUGCAAACUUGCUCCCAUUGCUUGUGUGGACGUGCGACUGCGCGUUCACUCGUCUCGUCAUGGUGUUUUACUGCCUCUGCGUCGGGAUAGGAUGUUUGAUGAAGGGUGCACUUGCGACAUCGAUGUCGUCGAUUCGUCCAGCAAACCCCUCCACAGGUUCACUGAUGCGUCACCGCGUUCACUCGUGGCCAUCCGUUGCCGGUAUUCAAGCUUCUGCUUUACCGUUCCUGAUUCUGCGAUGGAGAUAUGGCUUUGAGUGGGUUUGGAACAUGAAAACGCCGUGGUGGGCAGUAAUAGACUACUCUCUUGCGUUUGCAUACAUGACUGUCAUAUCCCUUGCAAGGAUGGCGAACGGGGACUCACCCGCAAAUGUUCAAGGUGGGAUAGUCGUUGGAGCAAUACUACUACGCUGCCUCCUCCCACAUGUCGAGUGGGCGACGAAUGGUUUGGAAGCAUCUACUGUGAUGAGUAGUCAGGGGUAUGUACUUGUUGGCAUUGUCCUCGCGUGCGUGUGUUUAUAUCCCAUGCCAUUAAAUGCGCACGGGGAAGUGUUAUACGCCGCGAGCACGUGUUAUCGUCGGAUGUGGAGGACGUUUUCUUACAUGCUCUUCUUUGCCGCUGGUUCAGUUUGGAGACCACAGUCGACGUCCUUACCUAUAACACGCGAUGGUGCCAAUGCUUUUCUGAUGCCAAGCGCACUCUCAUGGCUGAGUCACCUGCCCCUUGUUCUGAAGAACGAUUUUCCGGUUGGAGCGAGGGUGGUGAAUCGGUCUGCAGCCGUUGUGAAUAGGGCAUCGUAUUUCGAAGUGAUCAAGAUUAUCACGGUGAAAUAUAUAAUCGGUCACGCUGCAUCUCAGUUCAGCGUGUGGGCGAUUUCAUAUGUUGCGCAAGCAUUCGUAGAGUGCUGUCUACGUGGGUACGUAUCACACUACAAAAAGGCUGGCGGCACACGUGUGGGCAAAGGUGUUUUUGGCGGAGGACGUGGUGGCGACGUCAAGGCGGAGAGUGAGGCACAGGCGGAUGUCGCGCAAGGCACUGUGCACAUGCGUUUAGCCGCGAUAACCGUUGUCGAGCUUGCUCAGGAUGUGACGGGGGCCUUGGUGUGUGCACAUGGGGUGCCUCGGUUGUUUGACGCCAUCGGUAUCUGAUGAGGUGCGAUCGUGUGUGUGUGUGUAUGCGUUCAUGUGUGUGUGUGUGUGUAUGCGUGCAUGUGUGUGUGUGUGUGCGAGUGCGAGUGUGUGUGAAUGUUAACGAUCUUCAGGGUCACC